AUGUAUGGCGGUAAUUCUCAAUAUAUCCCUAAGGUACCCCAGUUUUCAGGGGAAGAGCCACCUUUAAAAGGAGAUGUUUCCUAUGCGGAGUGGAGGUAUGAGAUCAGAUGCCUCAAUAGAGACUCUGAUAUAACCUCCAGCACCCUUGUGCAGGCCAUUAGGAGGUCACUUCGUGGUAUUGCAAGGAGGACUCUUUUAACUGUAGGUGAUAAAGCCUCUCCUGUGGAAAUCUUGGGGAAAUUAGAUUCUUUGUUCGGGGAUAUUUCCACACAUGGAAUGCUGAUGCAGGAGUUUUUUAACUCUAGUCAGAAAUCCAAUGAAUCUGCCACUGCAUUCGGUUGCCGGUUAGAGGCUUUGCUGCAGACUGCUAUAGAGAGUGGUUCUCUACAUAAGUCGGCUAAAAAUGACCUAAUGCGUCAUAAGUUUUGGACUUCCCUGAGAUCUGACAAACUUAAGAGUCAGACUCGUCAUAAGUAUGACACAAUAACUAGCUUUAAUGAGCUUUUAAGGGAAAUUCGAAUAGUGGAGAAGGAAUUAAAUAUCUCCUCUACUGCAGGUGCAAGCCAGCCAAAAAAGGGACACCAGCAUGCCAUUAGUGUUGAAUCUGACCCACAAAUUGCUUCUGUUACUGAGAUGGAAGAUAAGUUUGUUAAAAAGCUAGAAAGUCUAGAGCAGAAGAACUCUCAACUUGAAAGUAAGUUGGACAAAAUUUUGAACAAACUUGGUUCACAGUCCACAAGUGAUAAAGCAGAUGCAGGUCAAAGGUCAGGUCAGAACAAAGGUCGUGGCCGUGGAGGUUACAACAAGUCUAGAGGCCGUGGUAAGUGGAACAAUAAAGGGAAAGCCAAAAAUGAAGAUCACCCAAACUAG